AUGGUGGAAUUAAUGUUGAAGAAGAUGAACACUUCAAAGUAUAGCUUAUGGUGGUAUAAAAAUGAUGAGGACAAAUACAAGAGAAUGGUGAAUGAUAAAAAUGUUGAUGAGAUUUAUAAAUAUGCCAUUGAAACAAAAUGUGUAAUGAAUUUAUAUGUUGAUCAUUUUAUGAAAGACAUAAUUAGAAUAAAUGUUGAAGAAGAUGAAAAAGGUGAUGGUGUAAAUAAUGUGGAAGAAGAAGAACAAGAAGAUGAACAAGGUGAUGGUGGAAUUAAUGUUGAAGAAGAUGAACAAAGUGAUGUAAGUGAUUAUGAAGCUACUGGUAUAACAUUUGAUGAUAAUGAGAAAGAUAUGGCUCUUGUGUUGGAUGAUGGUUUUGACAUAAAUGAUAAAGAAGGUGAUGGCAAUGGCAAAAAAGGUAGGGUAAAAUGUGUUACAAAGAAGCACAAGCACACUCCAAAAAAAUAUGUGAAUGGUGUUGAUAAUAUAGGUUCAUCUAGUUGUGUAGACAAUAAUAUGGAGAUUAACUAUGCUAGUGAUGAUCUUGGUAGCAAGGACCCUAAUGAUUUAGAUAAUGAGAAGGUUGGAACAAAGAUAAUGAGAAGGUUGUAG